GACUUGAUUAUCACCCCAGCUACAACUUUCAAGGAAAAACCAGACCCCAGCGGUUUGGUAUUUGGAACUGUGUUCACUGAUAAUAUGCUGAUAAUUGAAUGGUCCUUGGCUUCAGGUUGGGAGAAACCUUACAUUAAACCUCUUGAGAACCUUUCAUUGCAUCCAGCCUCCUCAUCUUUGCAUUAUGCUGUAGAACCAAGAGGACAGACAGAGGAGAAUCUGGUGCCAAUGCUGUGGCUCAAUGAAUACACAUUGUUCGAAGGAAUGAAGGCUUACCGAGGAGUGGAUGGCAGAAUCCGCCUGUUCCGGCCCACCCUCAACAUGGACAGGAUGGCACGGUCAGCAAGGCGAGCAACUCUGCCAUGUUUUGACCAGAACGAGCUGUUAGAGUGCAUUCGGAAGCUUGUGGAGGUGGAAAAGGAGUGGGUCCCAUAUUCAACUGCUGCCAGCCUGUAUAUCCGGCCUACCUUAAUUGGAACCGAGCCAUCCCUUGGAGUGAAGAAGCCGACUAAAGCCCUACUGUAUGUCAUACUGAGCCCUGUAGGCCCUUACUUUGCGGGUGGAUGCUUUAGCCCAAUAUCCUUGUGGGCAGAUCCAAAAUAUGUGAGAGCCUGGAAAGGAGGAACGGGGGAUUGCAAACUGGGAGGGAAUUAUGGUUCUUCUAUUUAUGCCCAGCAAGAAGCCAUGGAGUUAGGCUGCCAGCAGGUUUUGUGGCUCUACGGAGAAGAUCACCAAAUAACUGAAGUUGGAACAAUGAAUCUAUUUCUCUACUGGAUAAAUGAAGAUGGAGAAAAUGAGCUAGCAACUCCACCUUUAGAUGGCAUCAUCCUUCCAGGAGUGACAAGACAAAGCAUUUUGGAUCUGGCACGCAACUGGGGAGAAUUUAAAGUCUCUGAGCGAUACAUCACCAUGAGUGACCUGACAGCUGCCUUGGAAGAGAACAGAGUGAAGGAAAUGUUUGGUGCUGGAACAGCUUGUAUUGUAUGUCCUGUCUCGAAAAUUUUAUAUAAGGGCAAGCAUUUGCACGUUCCAACUAUGGAGAAUGGACCUCAGAUAGCCACCCGUUUCCUGAAUAAGCUGAGUGAUAUCCAGUAUGGAAGAGAAGACAGCGAUUGGGCCAUGCUGGUGUCAUGA